AUGCAAUCAAGGGCCAGACGUCGUUACGGUGCUGACGAAACGGGUGAUUCAUUCGCGGUAAUAACCAUAGGCUCCGAGGGGCCAGUUACGACAACCGGUGGUCAUCAGCAACGGGUAGAAGAUAUCCCAGAGAAACCCAAAUACCCACCGCCUAGUUCGGCCACCAGCUGGUUACCGUCGUUAUCGCAGCGCAUCUUUGCCUCGGUGGUACCAACUCCGGUCAACCCGCAGCCGCGUAACGCUUGGCAGGAGACGGCUCCCAAGCAGGGGCCAGGAAUUUGGACGGGCGAAACCUCCAUUCUCGACGACGAGGACGACGAUCCGCUCGGCAAGGGGAGUGUAAUACCGGAAUUCACAAUGACGGCGCGCGACCGUUCGAACGAGUUCGCGAGUGCGAUUCGCUCGCUCCAAGGGCGGAACAUACAACGGGCGGUCAACCUGAAGGAUCCGCGGAAGGCUAAGCACAUGCAAAGCUACUCGGAGUUCAUGAUGAUUGCCAAGCACAUUGGCAAAAACAUCGCUAGCACGUACACAAAACUGGAGAAGCUGACUCUACUGGCAAAGAAAAAAACGCUGUUCGACGACCGGCCAGCGGAAAUUCAAGAGUUGACGUACAUCAUCAAAGGCGAUCUUAACUCGCUAAAUCAGCAAAUCGCUCGGCUGCAGGAAGUCUCGAAAUCGCAACGAAGAUCCACCAACGGCAAGCAUUUGCUUUCACAUUCCUCCAAUAUGGUGGUCGCGCUACAGGCGAAGCUGGCGAACAUGAGUUCCGAUUUCAAGCAAGUGCUCGAAGUGCGAACGGAAAAUCUGAAGCAACAGAAAACGCGACGCGAUCAGUUCAGCCAGGGUCCAAUGACCGGAGGGUUGCCUCCAUCGACGAUGCGAGGCUCAACGCAAGGUAGCCUUUUGCUCCAGGAACAGCAAGAUCAAGUCUGUAUUGACAUGGGUGGUUCGUCGGCCGCUGGUGGAUCAAACAGCGAACGAUCACCGCUGUUACAGCAGCAGCAGCAACUGGUACUGUACGACGAAUCUGAUAGCUACGUGCAGGAACGGGCGGAAACGAUGCAAAACAUCGAGAGCACGAUCGUGGAGCUGGGCGGCAUCUUUCAGCAGCUCGCCCACAUGGUGAAGGAACAGGAGGAGAUGGUCGAUAGGAUCGAUAGCAAUCUGCAGGACGUCGAAUUGAACGUGGAAGCCGCGCAUGGGGAGAUUCUGAAGUACUUUCAGUCCGUUACCAAAAACCGGUGGCUCAUGAUAAAGAUCUUUGGCGUGCUGAUACUAUUUUUCAUUUUCUUCGUCAUCUUCCUGGCGUAGAGUAGGCUUGUGUUGAGUGCGAGCCUAGCUCCCGUAUCGUACGGUAUUGUGUCUCAGCCUGCCUAAUGGUUGUUUUAUUAUGUUUGGGGUAGCUUUCCUUUCAACCGAUUCCACUGUGACAGUCGAGGAAAAGGUCACAUCUCUAUGCUUUUGUUUUAAUCAUGCUUCAACCGGUAUCGAAUUAAACCUUCCGCUUGUGAGCGCCAAUCGGACGACAGCAAAUGCCAGGUGGUAGCAUCGAGGAUCUGUAGGUGGGGAAGAUUGUGUACUAUUAAAUGAAUUGUUUGUAUAUAACACGGAUAUCAUGUAAUACGUUGUCCCACGGGAGCAAAAA